AUGAAACAGCCUCCCUCUGCCGCUGAAGGUGCUGCCGCCGCGGGCCACAAGAAGGGCAAGAAGGACACCAGAAUGUCCAAGACCACUGCCGUCACCUUCGCCUCUGAGAAGCCCAAGUCCGGCAAGGGAAAUGGAAAGGCCGUCACCGAGGCCAUCCCAGCAGUCGACGAGGAGACCGGAGUUGACAAGAACCCUCGGCCUGUGAAGCGCGGAUACAAGCAGGCCGCCAACUCCGGUCUCAAGACUCCUCCUGCCCCUACCGCCAACGAGGCCAAUGAGGCCGACGCUGACGCCGCGUCCUCCCCUCCCACCUCACCCGUCGUCCCCAUGGGCCCAAUGCCUGCCCCCCCCUGUGACGACGGACUGUGGGAUGCCAUUCGCAUGGGCAUCCACACCACCAUGUCUCGCAACUUGGAGGAGAAAAUCGGUCAGCUUCAGGCCGACUGGGAGGCUGCCGAAGGCGCCUUCCAGGCUUCCCGGGAUGCCAUGGAGGUGGCAGUCAAAUCGGCGCAAGCCGUGAAGGAGGGUGUUGAGUUGUGGAAGGAGAUGUGGUUGAACGACCAGUAG